AUGGAUGUUAAAAAGAUGCGUCACAUAGACAAGUCGCCAACCAUGUUUUGUUUUUAUAAGAAGCUGGAGCCAGAAGAUGGAGAGGCUCCGAAGACUCUGGUCAAGCUGAGAAGGACACCGUCUGACACCCCCCGCCCCGCCUCCACUCCCCCUGUCAUCGCCACCUCAGCGAUGAAAGACGAGGAUGACGAAGAGAGGAUCAUUGCUGAACUAGAGGUAGGAUUCCUUUUUUUCCUGAAGGUCAAUUACAGUGUGUUACACUGCUGCAAAAUGGUAUGCCUUGAGUAGCUGCAUUCGAAAUGAGAAUAUGACAUACAGUAUUUAUUGUGUUCAUUGCAGUCGACGUUCGGUGUGCCUUAGCAAUAUGAUAACAUUGUCUCUGCGACACUCUCCCACACCACACCCCUCACCACCCACCUUCCACCACACAUCACCUGCCAGAUAUUUCAGCGAACCCCUGUCAAAGUGUCCCCUUCCCACUCACUGCCCAGCACACUACCGAGGCCCACCCCUGCAGCCCGUACCCUUCUAUGCACCUCAGGCUCCUUGGGAAGAAAGGUAAACCUUAAGCCCCCCACAAGGCCCUCUCGUUUUGCAGUUCUAACUCUGCCUCCUGUCCCAUCCCCCUCCUUCAGUCACUGCUGUUUCCUAGAUGGCCACUAACAUGCCUGUUCAUCCUGGAGAUUCUCCUCUAAUUCUGCUUGAUGCAGCAGUUCGCUGGGCUGAAAACAUGACAGAACGUAGUGCUUCUCUUGUCGAAUUCAACCAUCAAUUGUCUAAUUCCAUUCUAUCUAACUCCCCUGUCUAACUUCGCUAAUUACUUCUUCCCUUGCUAAUUCCACUGACUGCAUUCUACACUCUGAUCUGCAUUCAGUAUUCUAACUAAGCUGUGCUCUAAUUCUCUAACAAACUAACUGUUAUGAGAACUGACAGUUCUAUUUGCUGGAGUGCCUAUUGGAAGUAAAUGUAUACUGCAUGGAGUGUGUUAUGGUGGAAUAAUGUACAGAUGUCGGAUCUUAAUUUGAUCACUCUUUUCCCUGCGCAACAAGAAAUUGAAAUUUGCACAAAAAAAAACGAUUUCUCUUUCUCUCCAUGCGUGGACAGUCAAGUCAUUUGGACCAGUGCCAGCUAUCAGAAUCCUCCUCCCUCUCUCGCUCGCUCAAAGACUAUGUCCUACUGCUACUGUAGGCGUAUAGGUCCUAUUACUGCAACAUUAAAAUGUACAAACAUUUAUCUGAAAUGCAUCCAGAGACAUCAACAACUGUCAUUUUUUAUAGCUUAAUAACACAAUAUACAGUUGAAGUCGGAAGUUUACAUACACCUUAGCCAAAUACAUUUCAACUCAGUUUUUCACAAUUCCUGACAUUUAAUCCUAGUAGAAAUUCCCUGUCUUAGGUCAGUUGGGAUCACCACUUUAUUUUAAGAACGUGAAAUGUCAGAAUAAUAGUAGAGAGAAUGAUUUAUUUUAUAUUUUAUUUAUUUCAUCACAUUCCCAGUGGGUCAGAAGUUUACAGACACUCAAUUAGUAUUUGGUAGUAUUACCUUUAAAUUGUUUAACUUGGGUCAAACGUUUCGGGUAGCCUUCCACAAGCUUCCCACAAUAAGUUGGGUGAAUUUUGGCCCAUUCCUCCUGACAGAGCUGGUGUAACUGAGUCAGGUUUGUAGGCCUCCUUGCUCGCCAUGCUUUUUCAGUUCUGCCCACACCUUUUCUAUAGGAUUGAGGUCAGGGCUUUGUGUUGGCCACUCCAAUACCUUGACUUUGUUGUCCUUAAGCCAUUUUGCCACAACUUUGGAAGUAUGCUUGGGGUCAUUGUCCAUUUGGAAGACCCAUUUGCGACCAAGCUUUAACUUCCUGACUGAUGUCUUGAGAUGUUGCUUCAAUAUAUCCACAUAAUUUUCCUUUCUCAUGAUGCCAUCUAUUUUGUAAUGUGCACAAGUCCCUCCUGCAGCAAAGCACCCCCACAGCAUGAUGCUGCCACCCCCGUGCUUCACGGUUGGGAUGGUGUUCUUCGGCUUACAAGCAUCCCCCUUUUUCCUCCAAACAUAACGAUUGUCAUUAUGGCCAAACAGUUCUAUUUUUGUUUCAUCAGACCAGAGGACAUUUCUCCAAAAAGUACGAUCUUUGUCCCCAUGUGCAGUUGCAAACCAUAGUCUGGCUUUUUUUAUGGCGGUUUUGGAGCAGUGGCUUCUUCUUUGCUGAGCGGCCUUUCAGGUUAUGUCGAUAUAGGACUUGUUUUACUGUGGAUAUAGAUACUUUUGUACCUGUUUCCUCCAGCAUCUUCACAAGGUCCUUUGCUGUUGUUCUGGGAUUGAUUUGCACUUUUCUCACCAAAGUACGUUCAUGGAGACAGAACGCGUCUCCUUCCUGAGCGGUAUGACGGCUGUGUGGUUCCAUGGUGUUUAUACUUGCGUACUAUUGUUUGUACAGAUGAAUGUGGUACCUUCAGGCGUUUGGAAAUUGCUCCCAAGGAUGAACCAGACUUGUGGAGGUCUACAAUUCUUUUUCUGAGGUCUUGGCCGAUUUCUUUAGAUUUUCCCAUGAUGUCAAGCAAAGAGGCACUGAGUUUGAAGGUAGGCCUUGAAAUACAUCCACAGGUACACCUCCAAUUGACUCAAAUUAUGUAAAUUAGCCUAUCAGAAGCUUGUAAGACCAUGACAUCAUUUUCUGAAAAUUUCCAAGCUGUUUAAAGGCACAGUCAACUUAGUGUACGUAAACUUCUGACCCACUGGAAUUGUGAUACAGUGAAUUAUAAGCCUUCUGCAUGCACAUAUAGGCCUACCGUGUCGGUGUAGGUUCGAUUCCAGCCCACGCCCUUCUGGCACAAAUAACUCAAUCCCCCCGAUUUACUUGAUUUAGUUACACAUAUCAAAUAUGGACAGUCCAGGGAUAUUUUACCCCCGAUCUUGAUAAGAAAUGACAAUACCAGACACUUAUGUCCAUUUUAUUAUAAUCCACAUAAGAAUUCACACGAGACGCAAUGUAGCCUACAUAGGCUACUUGAACUGGCACCCAGUGGACCUGCAGUCUUAGGUACAAUGUAUAUACGGUACUGCAUUUUACGCAAACACCGCUUCCAGCUGCCCGCUGGCAGCUUUCUAAAUAUUUCUUCAGAUAUUAAAAUCCUCCUGCUGCAGUAUUAUUUUCCUCCUGCGACAAAACGGGUCAAAUUAAGAUCCAACAUUCAAGGUUCGCUGACAGACUAAGAAAAAUGUCAGAACUCUCUUACUGCUCAAGUGAUACAUUUAGCUCUGUCAAGGUCUUGUUUGAUACAAGUCUCAGCUCACUAGGGAAGCUGUCAAAACAGCUCACAGCCGGUUUCAGGUUAACAACUCUGUACUACCUGAUCUGGUGGAUUUGGAGCAGCUUACAAAACCCAAACCCUAACAUGAAACUGAGGCAAAACUGAUCAGCACGUAGGGAUAGUUCUAUAUGACUAUGUCUGCACCCAAAAUGGCCAUCCUAUUUCCUAUAUUGUGCACUACUUAAGGCUCUAAUCAAAAGAACUGCACUAUAUUGGGAAUUGGGUGUCAUCUCAGAUUUGACCAUAGCGCAAAUAAGACUUAAUGCUUUUGUCCUACCAUAGAAUGCCAGCAACUCACCAGGGGCAUCCAAGGGACCCCAGUCGACUGUAGCGGCCAGACUGAAGCACCUCCAGCAGGGCAGCCUGGAGAGGCCCAAGACCAGGAAGCAGAAAGAUGACUUCCCCAAGAUCCAGGGCCAGCAGCAG